AUGCAAAAUUCACCCAAUCUCAAGCGUCUUUCUGAGUAUCUUUCAAACUCCACACUUUCAGGCCCCCUUGAUCUUACAGCCGAUCCCACUACCUUGCCAGACAUCGAAACGCGGGAACUCAGCUCCUACUUUUAUCAUGCUCUCAGAGGAGGUGCCCCAAGUAAGAAGGGUCCUGCGACUGCUCACAAAGUCCCAGGUCAGAAUACCCGUAUAAUCACAACCAAACCCCCUACCAACAUCGGGAGGGCGGGAAGGACAAAGCUAGCCGAUCACACAAAAAAGUAUAUUCCCACUGUUUUGCGCUCAGCGGGUCCUGCUGGCCAGCUGGGUUACAAAGUUGGCCCGGGUCUGAUUGGCCCUCUGAAGCCUGAAAUGGAAGAAUUUCUCGAUCUGUCUACUCGGGUGGUGGUUGUAAAUGGAGAUACUUAUGAUGUUGCCGUCGCCCUUCAUAAUGCCCGUGAUAUUAUGGAGCAUGAGGAUCCUAUGCCAGUCUGUGUACUCAAUUUCGCAAAUGCUUUUACCAUCGGUGGAGGCUGGAAAAAUGGCUCCCCUGCCCAGGAAGAGCAACUUUGCUACAGAAGCACACUGACCGCAACUCUUUUGCCCCGGCUGUAUCCUAUGGAAACCAAGGAGCUCAUUUACUCGCCUCAAGUGUCGAUCUUGCGUGAAAGUGAGAAGCGAGGGUAUCAUAUGAUGUGGCCGAACGCGCAAAGUCCGCUCCCGGUAGUCAGUGUUAUUAGCAUGGCUGCGCAAUCCAAGCCAACAGUGACUGCCGCAAAUAAGUAUCAGAAUAUAAGUGAUCGCAACCUUAUGAAAGACAAAAUGCGAAUGGUUCUACGCACGGCAGCACACAAUCGUCACCAACGCUUGGUUCUGGGCGCCCUUGGCUGUGGUGCGUUUGGUCACCCUAAACAAGAGGUGGCUGAUUGCUGGAAAGAGGUCCUCGAGGAUGUCGAGUUCCAGGGUUUUUUCGAACUGAUUGUUUUUGCCAUCUUUGAUCCAGGAAACGACGGUAAUUUUCCGGUAUUCCACCAGACUUUGCAUAAUCUGGACAUGUUUUACGAGGCUACACAGUAA